GACCAGCCUUGCUUGUCACAUUUAUGGAUAUUAUCUAUGUUUUAAGUUAGUUCAUGACUCUUUUUAGGGUUAACUAUAUAUUACUCUCAAGCAUAAAUAGAUAUUAUCCAUAAAUGAAGUUAGAUGUUUUAAUUUCAUAAUUACAGAAAUUUUAAUGUAAAUUUUUUAAAAAGAUCAAGUAUAAUUAUAGGGAGUAAUAUAUAAUUAGUCUCUCAUUUUUAUCUUCAAUUUGGUUGCAAUAUUGUAGAUGGAAUCUGAUGCCAUGGCAUUGCCCUUAAAGAAGGAUACGCCAGUUUACUUAUCAUUCAUAUGAAUAAAAUGCUCCUUCUCAACACCAAUUGUACACGUGUAGUUGCCAAUGUGUUUGGAAGCAUUGUUGUUAGUUGUUAUUAUUUAGAUUAUGGAAGUCAAAUUGCUACCUAAAACUGAACUGACAUGAUGGUGUAUAUAUUUGACAUGGAUGAUGGAAUUGGAUAGAAGAUUCCAAGAGCUUCUUCUUCUAGACCUUCUAGACUACAAGUGCCUCUUUUGAUCCUUGCUCUCCUUUCCCAUUUGACAGCCAUCAGAUGACUUGGCAAUGCAAGCUUAUGAAGUAGAAACCCCGGCUAGUUGAACACAUUUCAUUCUAUGAUAAGUGAAGGAAGGCUUCAAUCAAUUUUGCUAAGUUUAAGAUUAGUAGAAAAAAGAAUUAAAUGAGUUCAAACCAAAAUUGGACAGGCAUUGAUUUACUUAGGGACACAUUUGACUUUGCUAUAUAGUCAAAUAUCUCAUGUGUUCCGUUUGACCAAGCCUUCCUCCAAGAUUCCAGAUUGAGGACUCAAGCCACAUGUGGAGGAAUGCUUGGAUCUACUCAGCAGCCAAAGAAGACCCACCCGAAGGCUAUAUUUAUUAUCUGGAAGCUGAAUUCCAAUAUUUUCUUCUGGUCUGUGAUCUCUCCUUGCGCCCUUGGGAUGCCUUGCUUUGUGCCCUUCGACAACAAGAAGCUGGACGUCAGCUUCUUCGCGUUCCGUCCCACUGGUGUCUUCGCCGACGAGCUCAUCGAUGCCGUGAAGUACUUCUCCUUCCAUGCCGAGGAUCUCGGUUGCGUCUAUAGCUCAGUGUUGAGAAGCAUACAUGGCAAUAUGAUUGUAUGGUAUGGUGCAUGGUUAAGAAGGUCCCCCGAUAACAGGAAGAUGUUGAAUGAUGCGCUGCUAUCAGUGCUAGAAGAGGUAUCAACUAUGGGUGUUCUCCUUCAUCAUGGAUUCUUUGAGGCUUUCUUUGGGGAAUCCAAAGACGGCAGCUCGCUCGCCAAGUUCUCCUCCGGCGACACCAUCUUCCUGAGCGCCAUGGCGUCGACGCCUCGCGACGUCGCCGAUCUCUCCUACGCCUGCCUGGCCCUUCACAAGACUUUCUUCGCGAAGACCGAUGGGUUGUCCGCCGACGUCCACCUCCGCUGCAACGACCAGCCGGUGGUGGCGGCGCUGAUGGUGUGGAAGUCCCUCCAUGCCUGCUACUCCUGGCUGCUCCGCUCCGACUACCGCAACACCAUCCUCCCCUACUUCAGCCACCUCUCUCAGGACGCCCAGUUUGAUGUCUUCAAGGUGGUGUACGUCAACCGCGACGAGAUCCUAAACGUCAGUCCAUUUCCCCCGCGGACGAUCGGAGGUGGAGAUGGCGAAGAAUAGUCGGAUCACUGACAAACAUCGUGCUGCGGAUUCUUCUACGUGUGGCGUGCGUGUCGUUAGGGUUGUAGCUAGUGAUUAUAUAUGGCCUCCUACCUCCUGUGCUUCUUCGA